AUGAGUCAAUUAGAUACACUUACAAGCAGGCUUUGUUUGAAGUGCGAACACUGCAGCAGCAGCAGCGGUUUCUGUACUGGAACGCCACACAUCUGCCGCCCGUUUGAAAACACCUGCCUGAUUCUGACCACCGAGACAAGCAUUGCUGGCAAUGAAGUGUGGCUUGCCACUUACAAAGGCUGCAGCAAAAUCAAGUAUUGUGUCCCAUCACCUAUGAGCUUCACCCUCCCUUCCAGACGCAAGCGGAGUGCCGCAAAGUGUUGUCGCAAGAAUCUUUGCAACAGUGGAACCGUGACAUUGCCCAAACUCGGGAUCCGUCCAAAUGGAAUGAAAUGUCCUGGAUGCAUCUCAGAGGAUCCCACUUGCAAACCCACUGAGCUGAUUCAUUGCAACGGCUGGGAAGAGUAUUGCGUCCAUUAUGAUGUGACGGUAGAACAAGAGGGAAGAUUCUAUAGUCACGCAGAACGGGGCUGUGGAACCAAGAACGCUUGUCUGAACGAGGCACGUGUUUACGGAGUGCCAGGGCUAUACAAGGAAAUUAUAAAGAAAUCCGAAUGCACGCCUGCUCCCAAAGUUAUCGGCAAAUAG